AUGGAAGAAGUCACGGGAUUUCGCGACCUAAUCGAGUCUCUUGAGCAUCUGUGGCGUCUCAAGACUCUGGUUAUCAAGUCAUGCAGCGAUAUCACGUCUCUGCCCGAGUCUCUCUUCCGCCUGCCUUCACUCACCAGUCUCACCCUUAACACGUCCUACCUUUCAGUUCUGCCUGACGAGUUUGGACGGUUGUCGCAGCUACAAAUACUCGUGCUGGACCUGAUGAGUCGCACAACCCUUCCUGAUUCCAUCGCUCUGGUUACUACACUGCAGGAGCUUUCCCUCAAUAAUAUCUGGAGCUUGGCGUCUCUGCCCGAGGAGUUCGGUCAGCUGAUUGCUCUGGAAAAGCUGCACCUGAACAACCUCCAUCAUCUCACGCACCUGCCCGAAUCCCUCGGGCAGCUGACAGUUCUCCGGGAGCUGAAAAUAGUGGAGUGUAGGCGGCUGCAGCAGCUCCCGGACUCCCUAUCCCAAUUAUCUUCUCUCGAGCACCUGGAGAUUAUAAAUGGUCCAGAGAUCAAGGUCCGCAGCUUGCCAGAGUGGUUCUCUAAGCUGCCUAAGCUGCAGGUGCUGCGGGUGGUUGAAUGCAAGAAUCUGACUCGGCUGCCGCCUUCUAUCCGGCAAUUGCCGACGUUGCGCGUGUAUGAUAUCUGCGAGUGCCCUUUGCUCUCAGAGCGAGACAGGAGGGGGAUUUUUGCAAGGGCAGGCGAGGAGGAUUGGGUGGAGGGAGAGGCGGUUGAUGAGGGAGAGGAGGAAGGAGGGGAAGAGGCAGAGGGUGAGGAGGGAGGAGAUGCGAUGGUGGAAGGGCAAGAGGCGGAGGGAGGCAGCAGAGGAAGCAGAGGGUGA